AUGGGUUCUCCAACCACGGACAGCUCAGGAAAGAGUCUGCAGUAUCAAGUGGAUCAUCUGCUAAGCGCCGUGGAGAACGAACUACAAGCUGGCAGAGAAAAGGGGGAUCCUACCGAGAGGGAGCUGCGAGUCACUCUGGAGGACAGUGAACUGUGGUUGCGCUUCAAAGAACUCACCAAUGAGAUGAUUGUCACCAAAAAUGGCAGGCGAAUGUUCCCGGUGUUGAAGGCCAGCGUGUCCGGACUCGACCCCAACGCCAUGUACUCCUUCUUGCUGGACUUUGUGGCUGCAGACAAUCACCGCUGGAAGUACGUCAACGGCGAAUGGGUGCCGGGCGGCAAGCCUGAGCCGCAGGCCCCGAGCUGCGUCUACAUCCACCCGGAUUCGCCCAAUUUUGGCGCCCACUGGAUGAAGGCGCCCGUGUCCUUCAGUAAGGUCAAGCUCACCAAUAAGCUCAACGGGGGAGGCCAGAUCAUGUUGAACUCCUUGCACAAGUAUGAGCCUAGGAUUCACAUAGUGAGAGUUGGCGGCCCUCAGCGAAUGAUCACCAGCCAUUCCUUCCCGGAGACACAGUUUAUAGCUGUGACAGCUUACCAGAACGAAGAGAUAACAGCAUUAAAGAUAAAAUAUAACCCCUUUGCAAAAGCUUUCCUGGAUGCAAAAGAAAGAAGUGAUCACAAAGACAUGAUGGAUGAAGUGGGAGACGGUCAGCAAUCACAAUAUUCACAAUUAGGUGGUUGGCUAAUUCCUGGAACAGGGACUCUUUGUCCUCCUGCCAGUCCUCAUUCCCAGUUUGGCACAUCUCUUUCACUGUCUCCUGCUCACAGUUGUGAAAGGUAUUCGUCGUUAAGAAAUCACCGUCCUGCCCCUUAUCCAAAUCCAUACACCCAUAGAACCAAUUCUCCAACACCCUACGGAGAUAGUUCUUCAGCAUGCCUUUCUAUGCUCCAAAGCCACGAUAAUUGGUCCAGCUUAGGAGUUCCAACUCCAACAAGUAUGUUGCCUAUGAAUCACAGUAGCGGUCCACCAACCAGCUCCAGCCAAUAUCCCAAUUUGUGGUCUGUGAGCAACAGCACCAUCUCACCAGUUUCACAGUCAGGUGGAAUGUCCAGUGGGAUAGGAUCCCAGUUUUUGCGAGGCUCUACAACCCACUACCCCACACUUCCUCAUUCCGUCGCUACGACUUCCUCGGGCUCUCCCCUCUAUGACAAUGGGGCACCCACAGAUAUUACUGACAGUCAGUAUGAUGCCUCAGUGCAUGCUAGACUUGCCUCCACGUGGACUCCCGUCACAACUCCUUCUAUGUAG